CGGCGGGCAGCUUGACCGGGAGUAGCCUGGGCGUUCCAUAGCCCCGUAACAUCAGGCGCCCGGGCAGAGAGCUUCGGGCGGCGCGCACAUGGAGGAGUCAGUUUUCCUGGAGAUCAGGCGGAGGAUGCAGAGCGGGCUGCUGAUUAUCCGUGAGCCAAAAGCAGGAAAUUUGCCAGUGGAUAUUACAGUGGCUCCAGGAUCAUUAGAAAUAAAAAGUUGUCAAGCCUGCAAGAUGAUCAGCUUUCCUGCAGAGGUCAGGAUUGUUCCUUCUUCCUGUCGAGGACUACAGUAUAUAGUUGGAGAUGGUUUACAUGUGAGGCUGCAAGUUCAAGCAGAUUCAAAUACAAAAUUAAUUUCAACUUUGAGUGAAAGUCUGAAGGCAAAGAAGAGUUGCACCUUUUACUGUCAAUCUUGUGGUGAAAUCAUAAUAAAAGAACGGACGUUUCUCCGAGUUCUUCCCCUACCAAGUGAAAACUGGAGUGCUUUGGUUGAGGAGUGGUGCUGCCACCCCAAUCCCUUUGCCAACAGUGCUCUUCACCCUCAGAAUAACGACUGUUUUCUUGGACACACUUACUUUCUGGUGAAUUCAGGAAGUGAGUCACAUGUGCCUGGAACUGAAAUAGUCCAUUCAGAGACUGAACAUUCUGCUUCUGAGAGGGGCCCUACCUUGAAAUCAAAGGAAAAUGCUAGAGUAAUUUGUAAGCGCUGCAAGGCAAUGCUGGGAGAGACAGUAUCAUCAGGGACUACAAAAUAUUACGUCACUGAGAUGAUUAUUCAGCAAUCUGGAACAAAUUUUGACAUGAUACCAAGGUCUCAGUUUGUACAGAACAUUAUAGCUCAGUGUCUCGUGGAACUGUCCUCUGCCAGAAGCACAUUUAGAUUCAGAAUACAAGGGCAUGAUGGAAAAGUCUACAUCUUGAUGUGGCUUUUAAAUUCUGACACUUUAUUGGUGGAAUCUAUGGGAAAUUCAGCAUCCAGCAGUGUUUUUACCUUGUUUGAAGAUAAUUUGAGGCCUGAUUCCAGGUCUUCAGGCACAUGGAAUGCAGUCAAAGUUCUUUAUCAUCCCUGCAUUAAAAACAGGAAUAAGGAUUCCAACUGAAUGCUGUACACUUGGUUUUUCUUGAAUAUGUCCAAGUCUACUAGAGUUUUCAUAAAGAAAACAUUUGACUUCUGCAGGCUCUGAAGUGUCAAUUAUGGAAGAAAAACACUGCCAGUGUAAUAUUUAGUUAAAGUUGCAAUCACGCAUUUAAUAGCAUUUUAUAUUUAAGCUUGUAACUAGUGGUGGAUAAAGUUGCUAGAAUAUUACAUUUACCAAUUACUUCAGUGUUUGCACAGCUGACGAUAUAGUAUUCGUUGGGUAAUUUGUAUUUCAUCUAUUAGCUCUAUUACGGUAGAGCAGAAAGCAUAUAUGAAUAGUGGUUUGGGUUUGUUUUUUUCCCCUUAAACUCUUGAGAAAAAAAGUGUUGGAUUAAAUAGGUAUUAUAAAACUUACCAGAAAAUA